CGGCACGAAAACAGGUCAGACUUCACGUGAAGCUUUCAUUUAUAAUCAGACUCUUAGCGCAUGCGCGGGAUAGACAUCCUGUUACACAGUAGUAAGAAACGUUAACGCUUAGUUUAUUCGCGGAAUGGCCAAACUUUACUAGUAUUUCAACUUUUUAUGUUUCUCAUCAAAAUGCACAGGAUUGCAAUUAUUACAGUUCUUCUUUCUACAAUUACUGUCUUAUCUGCAAUAACUGUUGCGGAAAUCCGUGGAGUGCCAAGAUCGUCGAUAAAUUCGGAUAAUUCAAGUAUAUUCUGUAACCCUUUUACUGAAUUCAAGUGUUAUAAUGACAGCAAAUGCAUUUCUAAAUAUCUAGUAUGUGACGGAAAGAAAGAUUGUGAGGACAGCUCAGACGAACAGGCGUGCAAUGUAGCAAAUUGUCCUGAACGGCCUUUGAUAGUAUGCCGCCAUGCGCUUCACAAGUGUUUCAGUGAUGCCGAAUGCGAUAAUCCUAAGAUAUGUUGUCAUGAAAAUUGCGGAAAUACCUGUCGUGAUCCUGUGUAUUACCCUACAAAUGGUCGAAGAGUCGUUCCACGUUAUCCAAAAAACAAGGAUUUAUCAUCUUCGCUUGAACCCGUAGGACUUACAGAAUCUCCGAAGAAUAUUUCUGAGAACUAGUGACCCCUUACGUAAUGUAACAAAAGAGCAGAAUUUCUUUUUUUCAUAGGACUUUCUGUAGCAAGAACAGAGAAUGAUGUAACACAAACUUCAAAGAAUAAACUUCUUUUAUAAAAUGCA